UUGUUAUUUUUUGACUUUGACCUCCUUUAUUUCAGGUCUCGUUUCCGCGGCAGUAAAUCACAACCGAAUUUCUCAGAUGGCCCGGACCAGGAGCCAAGCGGCAGUGAUGCUCAGGCCGAAGAAACGCGAGGUCGUUCGAGGUCGAAAGAACGCCGACGGCAUGAUAGCCAUUCAUCGAGGUACCAUCGCACCCCGUCAACUCCGCAGGUGAACGUCGAUUACACAAAGGAAGAUCUUAAAGCGGUUCAGAGGAUAAAGCACUGCAAAGACUAUUACGAAAUUCUGAACGUUCCCAAGAACUUCACCGACUCUGAACUUAAAAAGCAGUAUCGAAAGCUCGCCCUUCAGUUUCAUCCCGAUAAAAACCAUGUCCCUGGUGCAACCGAAGCGUUCAAAGGUAGCGAUCCAAAGAAACGUGAGCGCUACGACCUGUAUGGAAAUGAACCCCCAGCAAACACCACCAGUCGGACCUCAUUUUACGAAUAUGAUUACAGCCGCGGUUUUGAAGCCGACGUCACGCCAGAACAGAUCUUUAAUAUGUUCUUCGGUGGUUCUUUUCCUCGCGGUGAAAUAUACAGAGGUCGUGGUGGCAUGUAUCACUUUAAUUCUCUUGGCGUCCUACUGCAGUUCGUGCCGAUUCUAAUUCUUGUGGCAUUGUCUCUGCUCACUCAGCUGUUUCUGUCUGAGCCGAUUUACAGUUUGGAAAGAAACAGCAAAUACCCGGAGCGGCGGCUGACCGACGACCUUAAAGUACCGUACUAUGUGGCCCCCGAAUUUGCCAAGCAGUACAAGUGGAGUGCCAUUCGGCGGAUAGAAAGGCAGAUCGACGAAGAUUAUCUACGCCAGUUGCAAAUGAACUGCUACCUUGAGAAAAGCAAAAGUACGAAGGAAACAGGAGACUACAGAGCUACAGAAUAUGCUUGCCACAUAGCAGUUUUAGAUUGA